CAUGAUACACAGCGGGUUGUGCAACAGUACUCGUGCGCCGUGCAUUCUCAUCUCGACAGAAAUGUGGUCCAUGACCGCCACAGUGCCUGAGCAGGUUGACAUGGCGUUCAGGAUUGAAGAUUAGUGCCAUUCGGGCCCUCCAACGCGUAACAUAAAUCUGUGCGGGUGAAGGUGGCAUCCAUAAAAAAGGGAGAAAGAUGAUGAUAAUGCCGCACAUCAUCACUCGUGGCACACUGCGAAGGGCGGCAGCGCUGCGUCAAUUACUGCCGUGCGUAGCUGUCCAUGACUCGUCACAUUCAUCGUGGAGGUGCGUCUUCCGCCUGCCCCCUCCGCACCCUGCAGGCUGGCAUUGGUUCUCCACAUCAUUGGCGGCCCAUCAGCCCAAACAUCAACCACCAGGGGGAGAAACGUCCACUUCUUCACCUCAGACAUCAGAUCAGCAAGACAAAGAGGGACCCGGUGUUGAAGAGGUAGACCCUUUGCAGGACAAGUCCAUUGGUCUUGCUCAGAGAUUCAAGAAGACCUUCAAACAGUACGGCAAGGUGAUGAUCCCGGUGCAUCUCCUCACGUCUUCAUUUUGGUUUGGAACCUUCUACUAUGCUGCUAUGAAAGGUGUGAAUGUAGUACAAUUCCUGGAGAUGAUCAAUGUGCCAGAAACUCUUGUUGGACUAUUGAGAGACUCAUCUAGUGGUUAUGCUCUGACUGCUUACGCCAUGUACAAGAUUGCCACUCCUGCCAGAUACGCAGUGACUCUGGGGGGCACGUCUCUGUCUGUUCAAUACCUCCGAAAGCACGGCUACUUAUCCACACCGCCGCCAGUCAAAGAGUACUUCCAGGACAAGAUGGAGGAAACAAAGGAGAGGUUUUCAGAGAAAAUGGAAGAAACAAAAGAACUCCUCUCAGAGAAAAUGGAAGAGACUAAGGACAAGCUGUCUGAGAAGCUACAAGAAACCAAAGACCGAGUAUCUGAGGGGAAAGCAUUUUUUAGGAAGAAAAAUGAUUAGAAAGCAUUGCAGGUGGUGCCUCAAUAAAUGAUCUAAUUAAGGUCUGAACUAAUCUGUAAUUUGGAGCUAGACUGGGGGGAGAUGAGCAAGAUGCAUUUGUUCUGAAAAUGUCUUUGUCGUCGACGUAUUAGUCACAUUCAUGAACAGUACGGUGUUAAUUGUAGACCAAGCAGCAGCUUGGCAAACCCCUGGCACGCCUUCCUUCAAGCACCCCAACCUCCUCGGGUAAUUACAGCAGCUCAAGCGAUCAGCGCUUUAACUUUUUGUAAUGCAUCAAGCGUUAAUAAAGGAAUGACACAGCAAAAGCCU